AUGUCCUCCGAGCGCACCUUUAUUGCCGUCAAGCCGGACGGCGUGCAGCGCGGCCUCGUUGGCGAGAUCAUCGCCCGCUUCGAGCGCAAGGGCUACAAGCUCGUCGCCUUGAAGAUACUGCAGCCGACGACGGAGCAGGCCCAGGGUCACUAUAAGGACCUUUGCUCCAAGCCGUUUUUCCCGGCCCUUGUGAAGUACUUCUCCUCUGGCCCGAUCGUGUGUAUGGUGUGGGAGGGUAAGAACGUGGUGAAGAGCGGCCGCGUGCUGCUCGGCGCGACGAACCCGGCCGACUCACAGCCCGGCACGAUCCGUGGCGACUUUGCCGUGGAUGUGGGCCGCAACGUGUGCCACGGGUCCGACUCUGUGGAGAGCGCGGAGCGCGAGAUCGCCUUUUGGUUCAAGGCGGAUGAGAUCGCGAGCUGGACGUCGCACUCCGUGUCCCAGAUCUAUGAGUAA